AACCCGCUCGCGCCCUCGUCCUCUUCGCAGCCGGCGGCUGCACCGGCCACCGGCGCCCAGCCCGCCGUGAUCAUCGAGAUUGACGACGACGACCGCGCGCCGGUCGUCGCCACGGGCGAGGACCAGCGCAUCAAGGCGGAAAGCGCCCGGGAUUCGGUGCGAAACCCACUCGCGUACCCGUGCUCUUCGCGGCCGGUGGAUGCACUGGGCAACGUCGGCCAGCCCGCCGAGAUCAUUGAAAUCCCCGACGACGAUGACGAAGAAGAAGAUGUGGGCGAGGCCGGCCCCCCCGGGGGACUUAUCAAGGAGGAGCCUUUCGAUGUCAUCGAUUGGCCCUCUCUCCUCUUGUCAAGCGAGGAGGAGGAGGAGGCCCCGAGGUCUGACGAGAGUACGAGCAGCGGCGGACCCGAUGGCGGCACGGCCAGUGAUGGAAACAUCAACGGAAUUGGGACGAGUCGGCGAGAGGGUGUUUGUGACGAUGGCGAGGAGAAGGAGGAGGAGGAAGUGGAGAUGCCGGAUGCAGAGGAUAAGUACGGUGCAGAGGAAGGGAAUGAGGAAGAAGAACCGGAGGAGGAAGAGGAAGAUAAAGACGAAGAUGAAUGGGAGGAGGAAGAAGAGGAGGAGGAGGAAGAAUCGGAAGAAGAUUCCGAGGAAUCUGAUGCAGAAGCAGAACCGGGCCGUCGCAUGCUGAGCGAUGCCAGGGGCACCGGUCGGUACGCGGGGUCGCGGCCGGGCGGCGACGGCAGCCGCGCAGAGAUCUUCCUCAAGAGGAAGUUUGAAGGGUGGUACAUCACCAAGAUGGCGGACACCGCCUCCGCCGGCAGCACCAUCGCGUCGCGGACGCGGUCACAGCGGAGAUGCCCCGACGCGAAGCUGCUCAGGCAAGCCACCCGCAGAAAGCCGUACUGCGUCGACACGCCGUCGCAGUCCAGCUCGGUGUCAGAGGAGGACGACAAAGACAAACCACCGCCUCAUCCAGCGCGGUCGUCCAGCGAAGACCGUGACAAGGAUGGCAGAACGGGGAAAAGGCACCCACGGCGCCGAGGACAAAACGCCGACGAUGACUCCGACGAACACGACGGAACGGCCACUAGGCGGCGCCGAGGGCAAAACGCUGCCCACAGAGACGAAGACUUUGAGGAACCUGGCGGAAUGGCCGCCGCGAGGAGGAGGGGCAAGCAGCGCAUGGAAGAAGAUAAUGCUGCGGACGGCGGCGAUGAGCGAAAGAAAGAAGGAGCAGCGUCGUGCCGGCAGGCGGCCGGCCGCAAGAACAAGGACUUCCCCGCGGAUGGAUGGGAGCAGCAGGGCGAUGUCACCUUCAAAAGGAGCUCCCUCCUUCCUCCGAGGCGGCAGGGUGGGCAAGACCGAGAGACCUACGACGAUCUGCUCUACUCCAUUUUCGAGGGAAUCGAGACUACUCUUCAGAACGCCGCUGCUCCUCUGGACGCCCCUGUUCCUGCACAAGAACAGGGAGGCGAUCCGUUUCCUCUCGUGUUCUCCUUCGGGGUUCAAGAUGAGGUGGUGCCAGACAAGACUCAUCUCGACGACCUGUGGGCAGAUCUUGACUUGGCCUUGGACUUGGACGCCGAAUCCAACAAGGUUUCUUCUCACACUUGCCACAAGGAUGCAGAGAGCGAUGAGCAUGAAAUUCCUGCACAUGGAGCAACUUUUUGCAAGCGAGGAAAGCAUGAUCUCUUUCAUGAUGACCAAAUCGGUGUUCGAUGCCGAAAAUGCGAUUACAUCGAAAUCGAAAUUAGAGACGUAUUUCCCUCCAUGGCCAAGGAGUCGACGGAUAGGGAGCCAGCAGUGGAGCAUGAUGACUUUGACUUGUUCUUUGAUGACAUCCUGAAAUCAGCUGGAUAUGAAGGAGAAAGCAACAUGGGAGGUGGUGAUAAAACUGGCGUCGUCUGGGAUCUCAUUCCCGGGGUACGGGAAGACAUGUUCCCGCACCAGCGGGAAGGGUUCGAGUUCAUGUGGAGAAAACUUGCAGGAGGGAUCGACAUCGAGCAGCUGAGGCACACCAUGAACACGGACACCACAAGUGGAUGUGUGAUCUCUCAUGCCCCGGGGACCGGCAAAACCAGGCUAGCGAUCACAUUCGUGCAAUCUUACCUGGAGCUCUUCCCGCACUGCAGGCCAGUUAUCAUUGCUCCCAGGGGGAUGCUGGCUACAUGGGAGCAGGAGUUCCGUAAAUGGAAUGUCAAGCUCCCGUUCCAUGUGCUGAGUUCCAGUGAGAUACAGUGGGAUCAAGACAAGACCAUCCAUAAACUGGUCUCCAAGGAUCAAGGUCUGGGCCAGAAGCUGGCUAUGAAGAAACUGAGCCAGAAAUCCAAGAUGAUGCUCAAGCUGGCAUCCUGGUAUGAAGGGAGUAGCAUCAUUGGCCUAAGCUAUUCACUCUACAGGAAUCUUGCCAAGGGUGAAGGCAAGGAUGGAGAAAUGCAGAGGAAUCUGCUUCUUGAGAAGCCCGGCUUGCUGGUCCUCGACGAGGGGCACACACCAAGGAACAAGAAGAGCCUCAUCUGGAAAGUUCUCGCAGAGGUCAGCACCGAAAAGCGGAUAAUCCUGUCAGGGACUCCAUUCCAGAACAACUUCCUAGAGCUGUACAACAUCUUGUGCCUGGUUAAGCCGAAGUUUGCGAAAGAUUUUGCUUGCACAAGACUCAGCAAGAAAGGUGUUGCUUCAACCAGCCAAUCAUCAAGAGCAGCGCCUCAUUUGGAGGAGGAUGACGGCAAAGAAUUCUGGAGUUCAUUAAGGAUAAGUAACAUCACAGAUGAACACAUCACUGAAAUCCGGGAGAAGCUGGGCCCUUUUGUGCACAUCCAUAAUGGUGACAUUCUUCAGAAGUCUCUUCCAGGACUGAGAGAAUCUGUUGUGAUCCUGAACCCUCUUCCUCGUCAGAAGGAAAUCAUCGCAAUGAUGGAGGAAAGUGCAGGGAAGGGCUUUCUUGAUGCAGAAUACAAGAUAUCUCUUGCAUCCAUACACCCGUUCCUCGUCACAAGCACAAAACUGUCAGACACAGAAGCAGCUGUCGUGGACAAGAUGAAGAGCGUGCGGCUGAACCCGAGUGAAGGCGUGAAGACAUGGUUUGUGUUCGAGAUCAUCCGUAUUUGCGAGGCACUGCAUGAAAGAGUGCUGGUGUUCAGUCAGUACCUUGAGCCACUGGCCCUGAUCAUGGAUCAGCUUACCAGAAAGCUAGACUGGACAGAAGGCAAGGAGAUCCUGCUGAUGAGUGGAAAUGUGCGUGUUAAACAACGGGAAGCCUUGAUGGAAGCCUUCAACGACAUGAACAGCGAGGCGAAGGUGAUGCUUGCGUCAACCAAGGCCUGCUGUGAAGGCAUAACACUGGUCGGUGCAUCGCGCGUGGUUCUCCUUGAUGUCGUUUGGAAUCCUUCUGUUGGAAGGCAGGCGAUUGGCCGAGCCUAUAGAAUCGGCCAGGAGAAGAUUGUGUACACAUACAACCUGAUUGCAGAAGGAACAAAGGAGAAGGUCAAAUAUGACAGACAAGCUACCAAGGAUCACAUGUCCAAAUUACUGUUUUCAAAUGAACCGCAGCCUACCGGGAGCAAUCUGUCACCAGAAUUGAUAUCCAAUGAUAAGAUUUUGGAAGCAAUGGCUGCGCGUGAAGACCUCAAAGACAUGUUUGUGCAGAUGCUCCCUUCGCAUUGACUAGAUAACUUAUAGCUCAAUCUUGGAGGUAUGAUGGUUCUACAUUCCAUCGAUAUCUGAAUCUUCGGAGUCUCCAGGUAUUAACUGGCAUCUUGCUGCCCCUGUGAUGUAGCUGCUCCUAGAACUCUUUUGGUGUUGUGUGCUGUAGGGUACUAAUGGGGUUUCGUCCUGUAGUUUGUCGCUUAAUCGACGAGGAACAGCGGUUUCCCAUUAGUGUGUCGAACUCAUUUCUUUCCCUUUCGCUCCUUUCUUGCUUUCUGUAAUACUUGGUAUUUCUGAUAUUAUUUGCCUGUCUAUUGAAGCAUAUAACUUUAUUUGUAUUAGUUACUGUCAGUGGUUGAACACAUUGCUUGCUUGGUUCUACCUUUUUAGUUUUUAGAUACUACUAUGACAUAGCUUAAGAGACCUACGAUGCCAAACUACAAAACAAUGCCACGUGACUUUUCCAUUCAACUAUGUCAUCAAGUUAGCACCAUAAGUCAAGAGAAUCCUAUCCUGAAAGCAAGAAACAUAUGCAUGAUUUAAGUUGAUUUGAGCUUAUUUUGAAUUUGUACGAUAUACUUCAACAGCUGGGAUGCUAGUUUGUCAUGGUCUGUCCUCAGAUUUGAACUGUAAUUUUAUUGGAGUUUAUUUCGGAUUUAUAUGAUAUAGGAGUACUUUGACUACCGGAAUGCAAGUUUGUCGUGGUCUUCUGUCUUCAGGUUUGAACUGCAAUUUCAUGGGAUCUCAACUAAUUGACAUGAUAAGAACUAAGUAACAUGCAACAAUCAGUUGGAAAAAUAAAUGUUUUAUACAAAUUACUUAAACUACUACAAACUUAACUCAAAUGGUUUUUGUUCUCUCUAUAUUAUGGAAGACUGUUUCAUUCUGUGUUUAAUUUUCUGUAUUUCUGUUCGUUAUUUUCAAUAAAGAAAGAUUUUAGUGUCAAUGUCCUCUCUCCAGAAUCUCAAUUGCAUCAUGAAAGCUGUGAUGGUGUUUCCUUUUUGUUCAGUAGAUUGAUUCAAUCACAAGUCUACAACUAUUUCUAUCACUGUAAAUUUUCAGGUUGUUUUCUGUUUGCUCUAGUUUACUCUGCCGGCUAGCUACCUGGUUUAUGAUGUUCUUAUUCCAGCUUUAAAUCAGGACAAUUGACAAGCUGAGCUGCUGCCAUUUCAUAAAAAUGAAAAGAAGUAACAAUGUUGUAAUUUGGCAUGUAGAAAGGCACCACAGAUUACCAGAGUUAGGGCAGCAAAAAGUAAUAAUUGUCUUGAAUGAAGAUUCCUAUGUACUCCCUCCGAAAAAUAGGUGUCAUGGUUUUAGUUGAACUAAAACUAAACCACGACACUUAUUUUAGAACAGAGGGAGUAUAUUUUAUUUGCUGUUGCUAUAUGCUCUAGUUCCAACAGUUGCCGUUCUGGCAGGAUAAUGAUAUCAACAGAUUAGCCUUGAAAACUUUCAUAACAUUAUAUUUUUAUAAACGAGUAUGCCAAUACUUUAGUAUAGAAUUCAAUGCUGAAGUCACAUCUUGAGAUUGUGAAGAAGAAAAAGGCAAAUACCUGCAUCAAUACCUGCAUGGCGAAUAGUGACAGAUAGCUGGACAGAUGAGCCGUGAGUCCAUCUCAUAUAACUUUGGUUGAACAGGACCAUCUUGAAUCUUGAAUCUGUUGCAAAUUUUCUCCAGCACCAUCUGAUCUAGGAUUCUCCAUUCAAUCCUCCCCUCAGAGAAAAUACUUUAUCUUACUCAGCUGGCCAGUGUGAAAGUACUUGUGGCUACCAGCCUAAAACAUUAUGGAUUAUUUGUGUUCGUGGAUCGCGACACACAAAAGAAUGGGAUUUGAGUUUUCAUAUGUUAAAACCUAUGAAUCAUCAAUCAACAUAUAGGUAAUGAGACCAGAAAUAUUGAGCUCCUGCAAA